AUGGCAGAGACCUCGAGUGCACCUAGCGCUACCGCGAAGAAAAUUGCUCCGAUGCGAUCUCCAAAAGUCGUUCUUAGUGGUAGCAAACCCGCCCCGGGACCAGUAUUUGCGUUUGAUUUUAAAGCACCGAACGAUACAUUCUUCUGGGAGGCUACUAAAAUACCGUCCAAGGUACCAUCCAACAAAGCAAAUACCGGCGGGUCUAACCAGCCAGCUAUGGAUAGCACUGGUAAACCAUAUACGCGCACGGCUGCCACUCCCCCCUGGAAAGCCACUGAGAACCUACCUAGUAUCUCUCCUCCAUCGAAAUUUCGCAUUGAUCUUCUUACGGCAAACCUCCAGUAUCUAAAUAAAACUUAUGAGAACUGUCAAUCAGUUCACAACUGGGCAGUCGCUCACCAGUGUCUUCUCAAAAUGGUAAAAAUAAUGAAACGACAAUCCCUAAAUGCUCUGUUCCCGAACAACGCCGCCCGUACCAAAGGCGACACCCCUGCGUUUUCCGUCACACUAGACGAGCUUGAAAUCAAGUUAUUUUCAUCUCACCUACGGCUUGGGGAAUACGAAGAAGCAUGGGAGAUGCUGCCAACCAUAAAGUUCAGUAGUAAAAGCAACCCAGAAGGUUGGAGGAAGGCAUAUGAGGACAUUCUUACGACAGCCGGGUGGCUCAACCGCGCACUCGAGACGGAAGCCAAAAUUUCUGAAGCUCCUUCGGCGGAACACCAAACUCAGAGUAGCUUGUUCUAUCAAAUCAAACUCGGCUGCGGUAAAGCUAUCGACGCCACUAUCGAUGGUGGAGUCGAUAUAUAUGGCCGUCCCGCGAAAUAUCAACUCUAUGCAAUUAUGGCGAUCGUCGAACAUGCCAACCAAAACCAGGACGCAGCGGUGUUUUGGAAGACAUUGAUCAUCGUUGACGAGGUGGAUAUUGAGAAAGAUUUAGCUUCCUUCCCACUACUGGCAAAAUGGAUUGAAAAGUACAAUGCUAUUCAAGACGUAACUUUAGAUAGAGCCCUUCUAGAAGUUUUAAAUCAAGCGGAGGAAGCAAGACAGGAGUUAGCCUCUGAGGUGAAGGGAAAUGUGGAUAGUCAGCCCGAAGACCGCAAAUUUGAGUUCUCAGGCGGGACUACCCUUUCCGAGCUGAAGGAACAACUCGCAUGGAAUCUCAAUGAAAUCAAAGCAACAUUAAAGCAAGGUCUUCAAGAUCUAGGAACAGAGCGUCAAGAGAUUGAAGAGUUGAAGAAUGAGAUAAAAGAGCUGAAAGAAGAAUGGGAAACCGAUGUUGAUAUGUUGCGAGAUGAAGUAGAUGAACUGCGAGACGAAUUUGGGGAUAGGUUAUUGGAGGAACUAGAGGAAGGGCUGGACCCCGAGCUAUCUGUCGGCCUAAGGUUAGAGUCGGUGCGAAUAGCGAAUGGGCGCAUCACAGAAAUGAAUAAAGAAGUGAAAGAAAAGCUGAACAAACUGGAGGCGGAGCUGACAGCAUCCAAGCCUCUGGAGGAGUCGUCCAGGGUCGAUAUCGAGCAAUUGGGACUCGAUUGA